AUGCCACCGACCUCUUCUGUCAGAAAGGCCUCGGUAGCCACUACCGAUACGAACUCUGGCCGUCGCCAGUCUGCUCGCCAGCCGCGAACCUCUACCUCGAGACCAAUUAACUACUAUGCCCGCACCUUCGGCCAGCUCGACAACAAUGACAACCAAGAUCCUGAACCACCAGGCUUCUUUCCUGCCGUCCAGUAUUUCGCCGACUCGAUCGCUGCCCUUCCGCGUGAGGUUCAGCGUCACAUUACAUUAAUGAAAGAGGUCGAGGCCAAGGUCUACGGUCCUACAGAAGCCUUGAAGUUUCUAACCUCCAGUAUUCUGAAUAAGCCCGCCCCUCUAUCUCGCAAUCAACCCUCCUCUCCACGCUUACUAUCCUUCACCGCCCCUCCUAGCGCCACGGCGAGUCUGGCUGGCUCUGUCGUCAACGGAAACCAGCCUCUCACCUUCGACCAGCGCGUUCAAGACGACCUCGAGUCGCAACAAGACGAACAAGCCGAUCAUGCAAGGCGCGCAGAGUUCCAGUCCCUUCGUCAUGUCAUUGGUAACAUGAUCACCAACCUUGACGAGAAGAACGUCGUCAUGGCAGAAGCCAAUCGCGCACUUGCCCAACAACUCGCUCGUCUCGACAGCGUCAUGCCCCACAUCGAGAAUGAGAUUAGCGAAGAGUCGCGUCUGGGAAGUCUGACACACUGGGCCUACCAGGACAAUCGCACCAAGAAACAGACUACAACUACACAAAGCGAGCGCAACAGAAGAGACGUUGCAGCCACAAGCAGUCUUGCCGCUGCUGCAGCAGCUGUCCACGACCAAGACAUUGCCGCAGCUAGAGGAGAAGCAAGACGCGAAACCAAAAAGACAAAUCGUGCUCAAGCCAUGGAUUCGGACUUUGACGAUCGUCCGACAAAGAGAGCGCAAACUGGAAAGUCGCGAAAGAAUGCAGACGCAGAGCCAAAAGGCAGUGGGUUGGGAAUUGCCAAUGGCACAGCUAGUGCUGCUACAACCAAAAGAAGAAAGGUCGAGAAGGCUCCUGCUGCUGCUGGUGCACCAGCCAUGGAGCGCUCGGCAAGUAAUAUGAGCAACGUGACCAAAGCCGCAAGAGGUGCUGGCAACACGACACCAAGAUCGACACCAGCAGUCGAGACAACGAAGAAGAAAGGAAAGCCAGGUCCUGCCCCUGGCACUGGAGCUGGAAAGAAGAGAAACACGGCCCUCAAUCAAAUCGCAAACUCACCGAGAUUAUCCAACUCGUCGCCCGUGCUUGGCAAUGCACAACUACAAGCCGAAACCAUCUCCAGACCUACAUCCUCCCGCAUGCGCCAAAACUCGAAUUCAAACUCCACGUCGAACCUACAGCAUUCGCUACUUCCCGAAAAAGAAGUCAGUCGUCCAGCGUCAGCCGCCGACAACAAAUCUGUCAAUGGCAGUACCAAUGGCCUUGUCGAGCCAGUUGCACCUUCGAUCGCGUCAAGCAAAGAAGCCAAGGAGAGCGUGGAAGAGGUGGAAGAAGACACAAUGAACAUCGACAAGGCCGAGAGCACUGGGCAGAAACACCGACCCGAAUCUUUGAAGAACGAAGAUGUGAUUAUGGAGGAUGCCAGUACCGAAGUCCGACCAAGGCGAGGAUCGAUAACGUCAACUCCACGCACAGAGGCGUUCCCUGAGGUGGGCAUGUCACGAACUAGGGGCAGACAUCUUCACAAUGGACGCUCUCGUGGUAGCAACACGCCAGACCAUUCUGCAUCCGGACAGGAUAGAAAAAGCCGAGGCAGACGCAAGAGCGGCAGUGGAGCACAUAUUCUUAAACAGAUCGCCAGCUUUAAUCGCAGCCCAGAUGCAGGUAGGCGUCGCGAUGAGAGUAAGGAUUCGGAGAUUUCAGAAGACGAUGGACAUGGAAGAUCGUCACGAAGAAGCCAACCGCCUCGUGUCACGACAGUGUCGAGAAACAGACGCGAUCGUGGAAAUGGAUCACGAGGAACGACUACGUCUCGACGAACAGAAGCAUCGCAAGAAGCGGACGACGAGCCAGCUGAAGUCGAGAUGGAAGGAGAAGGUGAAGAGGCGGGACAAGUGGUUGAUGAGGAUGAAGGUGAAGAAGGUGAAGAUGGUGAUGAGCCCAAGUACUGCUACUGUGGACAGGGCAGUUUUGGCGAGAUGAUUGCAUGCGACAAUGACGACUGCCCGAUGGAAUGGUUCCAUCUUGGGUGUACAGGACUGCGAGCAGUACCAGGUGAUAAUGUCAAAUGGUUCUGCGAUGUGUGCAAGGAACCCAAAGGCAAAAAGGCCAAAAUGAUGGCAGCCAGACAUUGA